AUGGUGGCGGCAGGGACUCGGUUACCCUGCUCCUGUGUGGGGAACCCCAGAUCUGGAGCAGCAGCUCCAUUGGCAAGGCACGGCCGACUAACAGCUGUGCGGGUGGUGGAUCCGGUGUCCCAGUCGCGCAGGCGGCGGGGUCCGGUGAUCGUUGGCGGCCGGCAGCAGCUUCUGCGGCGGUCGGUGUGCGCGAUCUGGCGCCUCCCUUUCUCCCCUGUUCGGCGUGCGGACCAGCCUGGUCGGGCCGCGCUUCCUCUCGGUCGCCGGUUCUGUACAGGAGGUGCUGCUGGUGGCAGAGAUCUAGUUCGGGCGAAAUCCCUGGCCGACCAUGACCGGCCGCGUCGAUGGCGACGCCUGAGGGCGCCGUUUCCCUCCUUGGAGGCGUCGGUAUGGACUGAUCUCCUCACUUCACCUGCCCCUAGGUCUCCCAAGCAAAAGCCCUAA